AUGGCUGACAAGAGGACACUGCUGGCUGUGAUUGGAGAUGAGGAUACGGCGACUGGGCUGCUGCUGGCCGGCAUAGGGCAAAUCAACCCAUCCACGAAUGAGAAGAACUUUUUUGUAUACCAAGAGGGCAAGACCACCGUUGAGCAGGUUGGUGAAAAGUUUGAUGAGUUUACACAGGAGCGGAAGGAUAUUGCGAUUUUGUUGAUCAACCAGCAUGUUGCUGACUUGAUUAGAAUGAAGAUAGACGCGUUUGUGGAUCCGUUCCCGGCCGUACUCGAGAUACCCUCUAAGGACCAUCCUUACGACCCGGAAAAGGACUCUGUCCUCAAGAGAGUGAAAAAACUGUUUGGUGAAUAG